CAAAUCAAAACAAAGGGGCGAAAAAAGAGUAAAAAACAGGACGGUCCGCGGACAAUAAGACGAAGAAAGAUCCCUCUAUUUAUACCCCGCACGCAGGCAGGGUCCGGCGGCCUCGCUCGCGAGACGUCCGACGCGGCGCUUUUUCAGCGGCGAAAAAACGCGGGCGGCGGAGCCAAAUUUGGGUUCCGGGUGCGAUGCACUGAGUCCCGAAAUAGCCGCGAAACACCGAAGGGUUCAAGGCUGAGAUGACGCAAAAGUAAACAAAGGAUUGAGGCCGCAUUAGAGGAAGCCGCAGCAGCUCGCCCGCGCCCUCCGCGAGGUCUUCCAUUCACUCUCUUCUGGACUGUCGCCCCGACCGGAAUGCUCCUCUGACUGAGAGGUAGGCAACCCGCUUGGCCACUUCAAAAUCAGUUUUUAAUUGUUACAGCUUCAGAAUGUUGGCCAAUAUGAAGAGCUUCCUGCAGGCCAUCAUAAAUGUGUCCGAGAAGGCUGCGAACAUCGCCCGGGCUUGCAGGAGAGAAGCUCAGCUCUUCAGGCUGCUCGUCCAGGAGAAGAGCAACGAGGACAAGAAUCAGCGUUUUGUCCACGAUUUCAAAACACUGGCCGACGUCCUCAUUCAGGAGACUGUGAAAAACGAGCUCGGAACAAAGUUCCCAGAGUUGAUAGGCUUCAUCCAAGGCGAGGAGUCCAAUUUGUUCACCAACACGCUUGGUGAGACCAUCGAAGUCAAAGUGAUGAUCACGCAAGAGGACACUGCCGAGUUGUUGUGCAAAGUUUUGGAUGGUGAUAAAAGUGCGGCCGACCUUUUGGCCCUCGAAGUCCACAGAGACGUGACGGUUGAAUCUGAUAUUCCUAAUGAACUUAACGAUACAAACAAUUUGCUGCCGAUGGACACCAUUGGAAUCUGGAUUGAUCCAAUUGAUUCUACGGCCGAGUACAUCCAAGGAGCCGAGUGUUCACCCAAUUCCCACGGAAUUUUCACAAGUGGAUUGCGCUGUGCAACGGUCCUCAUUGGCGCCUACAACAGAAAAACCGGCGAACCCAUGAUCGGUGUGGUCAACCAACCCUUCUUCCAAGAAGAGGCUGAAAACUGGAGAGGUACUUAUUUCUGGGGUGUGAGCUGUGAGGGUGCCGUGCGAAACUCAUUCGGAGAACACCCGUCACCGACGAACGUGGCCCUCCUCAGCGGGAGUGAAACAGAAUCUCUCAAGGAAAGUCUUGGGAAACAUUUUGAACUAGUCGAAGCAGCCGGCGCUGGAUACAAACAGCUGUGCAUAGCUCAGGGUUCGGCUGAUGUUUAUGUGUUGUCAAGAGGGUCUACUUACAGAUGGGAUUCGUGCGCACCCCACGCAAUUUUGAAAAGCUUGGGCGGAGGAGUGAUCAGAUACUGCGAGGUUGUGGAGAAACUGCCCUCAGUGAUGGCGUUCAAGGGCAAUUUCGAGGACAAGUACGGUGUACGUUACCACCAGCAGGGCCGUAAGGGCUGGUGCAAUGAAGAGGGUCUGAUUGCUUAUGCAAACCAGACGAAUCUCCUCAGACUUCUAUCCUGCCUUUGAGAAUCUCUAUCCCAAAUCUUGUCUGAUAUAUAGUUUUAUCGUAAUUAACGCUGAAAUGAAAUAUGUGAAUAUCGUUGAUAUUUUUACCUCGGGACGGCCAAAUAAGAGAAAAGUACGAAACUUUUAAAAGACGCUGACAACAACUCUUCCUGUUAUUAAAAUGCUAGUUAUUUUCGUUAUUUUCCGGACUUUAUCUGAGAUAAAAAAACGCUUUCUGUGAGUUGCUGUGCAAUAAAUUUAUUUUAUCUUGA